AGAACAUUGCUAAAGCACACGUGUAAAAAAUGUGCGAUGUAAAUGCCUUUCCAGGUUAACGUCCAUAUAAUUCCAAAAUAAAUGUUAUUAUAAAUCAGCAGUUUACAAGAUGUGCAUGUCUUCUAUGAAUAAGGAUCGUUGAUAGGAUUUCUAAUCACUGAAGGUCAGCUGCUGUGUUUGUGAAUAUGUAUUCUGACAUACGUUCCAGAAAACACUGUGUGCUUAUAAGACGUUUGUUCAUUUAACCCUGCUUUUCGGCAGCUUACUUAAACGGUAUUUGAGUCCCGUCUCUCAGAAUGUCGUUCGCAGUGCUUCCAAAUGAAAUCCUUGAGAAGAUUGCCGGAUUUCUUGAUACGACUACGCUUGCAGCAUUUUCACAGGUAUCAAGACGUUGCCAAGAUGCAGUCCAUCGAUUAGUCGCAUCAUUGCAAUUCAUCGAUUUCAAUAGUGACAUUGAAGGUUUGCUGAAAUACUAUGGAUCUAACGUACGCACUCUGGAUAUAAGCAACUGUCAAGCUACCUCUUGCCAGUUGGAAAGUCUGAUCCUGAAAUGUCCGAAUCUAGAGCGUCUCAGCAUUGUCAACACCCGCCUGACGAUUCGUGGCGUGCUAUCGGUUACGCAAGCGCUACGCCGCUUAGAAGCGAUACAUUUCGGGCUUCCGACAGCGAUCGAUCUCAGCCAACGCGAUUUCCCACUUAAUGAACACAUCAAACGGGUGUAUAUUGAAGUGCCUCCCAUCGACUUUUACUACUUUUACGCCAUUGACCUAAUCAAUACUUGUGUAAGGCUCGAAUGGCUACAUGUAUUUGUUGUCGACCGCUUACUGCCACCGGCGUUCAAUUCUCGCCAUUCUAUGGCUCGAGCCCGAUCUGGAUUUCUUUUCGAAGAACGCUGGCAGACGUUACAUACCCUCAUCGUUUCAUCCGAAGCGCGUGAUAGCUCGCAGCGAUUGUUGAUUCUCAUACCAAGCUUGUUUCAAACGUGUCCAUUACAAUAUAACAGCACGGUGCUGGCAUCAGCGAUCGCCGAAUUUAAAACGGUGGUAUUCGAACGCGGUCGAUGCAACCUCGUGCUAACGUACCGUCAAGCGAAUCAUGACGAAUUGGAGUCAACUGAAGAUGUCCACUUGCUCCGUCAUGUACAGAAGAGUGUGUCCAUCCUACUUGAAAUGGAUGCCUUGCAACGAUCGAUCCAGUUACCAAACUGGGGACAACCACAGGGUCUUGCCUUAUCGUUCCAUCCAACUUGUCAGUAUUUUCCCUCGCACUGCCUCAGCAAAUUGCUCACAAAGCACCUCACAGAACUGAAUCUCACAAAGUGUCACUGGCGCUUCCCGGAGACCUCUUGGUGGCAACUGAUGGUAGCUGUGCCUGCUUUACAGGCUCUAGCAAUCCCGGCCUGUAUGCUGCCGUCGAUUUCAAAUGGAAGCGGGACGAAACAGAAUAACUCAUCAAAUCCAAGGCUUGAUCUCGCUACCACCGCCUUUCGUACUAGAAACGCCAAAAGGUUCCGAGUAGCACCAUCGACCGCCGACGGAGACUGCGCUGUGAUUAUAGCAUUGUCGGAGCUCCCACUGAAACAGCUGUACAUUCGUGGCGAUCAAUGUCGCAGCUGCAUGGUGAACGAGAAUCGAUCGAGACGUCUCGGAAAGAUAUCGGAAUUGGCGCGACUUGAAAGCUUAACAUUGAAGUGCGUCCCACUGGCCGGGGCCCUCCUUGAGAGCUUAUGGAGCCCGACGGUAAUUACCCUCAAGAUAAUAUCGGUCGGAAAUAAGUCGAGCUGCGAAUACCUUUGCGGCUUUCGCCGUUUCAUCGAACGUUGUCGAUCCCUGCAACAUUUGAAGCUAGAACACGAUAAUUUAAUGUUGGGUUCCGUGCUCCUGUGGGAGGGCCUCGCCCACGCUGCACAACUAAACCAGCUGUGCCUGGCAUCAUCAUCGACAGACCGUGUAGAUCUCAGUGCUAUUGCGAAAUAUCUAAUGCCAAUCAAAAGAAAUUUUCGUUAUUUGCAUAUUCACGCACGGAGUUCGAACUACCGGCAGCUUGAAAAAUGCCUCAAUGCGAUCUUUGCAACGGGAACUGUUGAAUCUGCUAGUAAUUCUGAUGACACACCUCAGCCGAGUGCCUCGUCCGGCAAUCGGCGCACCAAAACACCACGCUCUUCGUGCUCCGUUUUAGUUACUCCAACUGCCCGUGAAUGUUUCCUACUUAGCCGAAACGGUGAUAUUAGGUACCCCCUACCUGGCCGAAGUGUGUGUUUCAGCGGAAACUUUAUUGGAUAUCCCAAACCUGAGGGGUGGGAAUUCUAUUAGUGUGAGUCUGUCCCGCUUGAAAAUCUUUGUAUAUACUUUUUAGUGACUCUUUCCUGUUGGAUAUUUAAAUUUAAAGAAAGUAAUCGUAUAUUGGGUCUAAUGUAUAGUGCGAUAACAAAUCCGUGUUAUGUCUGUCUUCGGUUAUAAGACAGUACAUCGGUUGCAUACCGAUAUAGAUCACUGCUAAAGAAAACCAAAAUGCCAAAGUUCGCUUGUACUGCACAAGGUAACACUGUCCUGUUUAGUUUGUUUGAUGUCAUAUUUAUACUGAGUAAAUUAGUACGACACGUAAUGCUAUGGGAUUUAUGGGAGGUUAAAAUUAUAGAUUUCCAUUAUUCCUUCCUUAGAACGGUAGCCAGUUAGCCGUACAAGUUUUGGCAUUGUUAUGUAAAUAAAAGGGGCGCUGUGGAAUAGAAUUCGGUACAGAACUUUUGUUUUCUUAGUAUUUAUUCAGUGCAAUAGUAACCCUCCAAGUGUUUCUGCUAGAAAGAAUGGUGUUUGCGAAGAUGAGGCAUGAUAGAAUCGCAGACUGAGCGCAAAGAAAGCGUGCAAGAAUGUACAAAUGCUAUAUUAAAAAAUAAACGUACGAUUUUGUUAUA